AUGUGGCGGAAAUUGACGAGCGCGCUCAAGCAUGGCGAGCAGGACACGACUUCUACUUCGACUGUAUCACAGGGCGACGUUAUGGGCAAGGUCCUAGAACAGCAUCCAAAUCUCUCUAUGUUUCAUCCAGGGCCUCAGGAAAAUGCCCCUAAUUCAAGCAGUCCACCACCUUCGCCCACGAAAUCUCGACGAUCGAUGUUCAAACGGGGGUCACGAAUGCCUUCAGACGACGAUGAACGUGCUCCUUCGCCUUCGCUACCCAAACUUUCUCUGGGAAUUCCAAAAAAGGUCAAAUCAUCACUUUCACUUGCUGGUAACCAAUCUCAAUCUUCACUAAGUCGAGCUUCGGGUAAAAAUACCCUCAGUGCCGCCACCGCAGAAGCAAAUCGAGGUCUUUCACUAGAUCUUCUUCGGUCUCCGUCGUCUCCUAAUGCAGCAUUUGACUCUAUACGGUCUUCACCACCAGAAUUUCAUCAGAGACCUUCGAUUGACACACUACGAACUCUGAAUGCCGACGCCGACGACAUACGGCCUCUUACUCCUGGAAUCCUACAAGGCUCAGUACGGUCUAUCCUUCGUGACCCCAACACACCUGGUACUGGUAGAAAUGUACGAUUCUUCUCGAGGGAUGCAUAUCAGGCCGUCACUCCCGAACAAUCAACCGAUAACGAAUAUCCACCGCUCUCCGUUCCUCCAGUUAUACCCACUGGAAGUGCUGUAGAUCUUAGCGAGCCUUCAACUCUGUCCUCAGUCAUCAUCCGUCCGUCUUCUUCACCGAAGAAUGCCAGACCUUCGGUGACAGAGGUCUUUUCUCCAAUGCGGCAAGAUUCAGAGAACACAAGCAGUGCUUCUCCACCCGUACCGGAGAAGGAUACAUCAAAUUUGCUGGACAUGUCCCAGGAUAUACAAUUAUCUGCAUUCUCGCCUCCUGGUUUAGGCUUUGACAUUGAUUUGGACAAAGCGCUUGAUUUGCCAUUAUCUGACGACGACAAUAGGGACCUUAUUGAAGGGCAAAGAUCUCCCAAAUUGCCUUCAAUAUUGCAUGACCGAAGCCAUUCCUUCAGUUUUGGUCAAACUGUCUUUUUCUCGAUGGCUGAUGCAUCCAAACGGUCGUCGACGUCGUCUGCAGUACCUUCCCUAACGUCGACUGACACAAAUCGUAGUCGUGCACUUAGUGACACAGUCUUCCAUUCCAUGUUGCGAUCAUCGCCUAUUAACAGCAAACCUCCGGAAGCCGACAUCAACGACGAGUCGUCUUCGGAGCUCGUAGUAUAUGAUCCUGCCAAACCUGAACCUGACCCAUUCAGUGCCACAGCGAAUACAUAUUACACUCCUCAGACUAUGAUUCCCGUUACACCUCCGAGGGGUUUGCCAAAUCAUGCUCGAAAAACGUCUCGCGAGGAUAGCAUCAUUGUUUCCCUCCAAACUCAGCUUGCCCUACAGAGUGAACUCUGUGGGCAGUAUGAGACCGACCUUCGUGCCCGGGAUGAAAUGGUCCAGAUUUUGGGUCAAAAGGUUAAUGAUCUAGAGAAGGAGGAACUAAAGCGAAAAGGUAUUUUGAGGGCCUGGAAGAAAAAAGUUGCUGAACUGGAGCGAACGUGUCGCUUCCUUGAAGAGGAGGUUGAAGGGUCACGACAGGAGAGCAUGGACCGGAGUAUAAUGGACGAGGCUAGUGGUGAAGCCUUGCGUAUGCUCCACCGUCAAAUAGCCAGUCUUGAACGAGACAAGGGUGAAAUGGCACGACGCGAAGAGGCUCUUCGAGAUGAAGUUCAGGCAUUGGAAAACAUCGUGCAGGACCGCAGUGAGGAGAUUCUCAGUCUGAAGGAAACGGUCUGGAGUCGCGACGAGAGUCAACGGGAGCUUCAACAGGGCCUGCGGGAGGCACAGGAGCAGAUCGAGCAGAUCGGGAAUAUUAGUAUGAACGACGAUGAAAAAGAGGAGGAGCGGGAAAGACAUCGGUUAGCGGAAGUAGAAUGGGAGAAGCAACGCACGGAAAUGAUCAUGACGACGGAGAAGGCAAAAGCUGAAACUGUUGCUUUGGAGGGCCAAAACGAAAAACUCAGGCAGCAACUGAAGACGACUGAUGAUGAAUUGACGAUGUUGAAGAACGAACUUGAAGCGCAGUGGGGACAUAGUGAAAAGGCUAGCGAGAGGAUUGAGGCAUUGGAAGAAGAGAAACGUGAAAUUGAGAAGGAGCGUCAUGCUUUGAGUGGGGAUGUGGAGGAGUUGCAGGAACGCCUAGGUGUUGUGGAAGGCCAAAAGACCGAUUUGGAAAACGAGUGCCAGUCUCUGACUGCCACGAUCGAGCAGCUGGAAGAAAGGAUAGGAAAUAUGGAGGCGAAAGACCAAGUCCCUCAGACUAUGAAGGAAAGCGAGACCCGUAUCGCCGAACUCGAACUGGAGCGCCAAUACUCCCUCAGUGAAAUAUCGCGGCUCGAAUCCAACGUCAAACAACGUGAUGCUGAUGUUGGGACUUACUCUUCACGCGUCGUCGAUUUGGAGAAAGAAAUCGAAACCCUGCGCGAACGGCUGAGCAACAUCAACAGAGAUCACGCUCGGGUAAUGAACGAACAGGAGAGGGCGCUUCAGGCGGCUACUGAACACGAUGAUUUGUUGAAGCGACAGGGCGAGCAGAACGCGGAGCUUCGUAUGAAUAAGGAUAAGGUCAAUAAUCUGCAAGCCGAGCUCGACAGAUUGAGACGACAGGUACAUACGCUGCAACAAGAGAGUGCUGACAAGGAGGUCAAGAUCGUUCAACUAUCCAAGCAGCACGACCAUGCCAAGGAAGACCUCAUGCAGAUGAACAUGGCUUUGGAUUCGAAGCAACAAGAACUGGAAUUGGUUUACCCACGACCUUUUCAUGUGCAGCUCAAACGCCGCCACAAUGUUCGGGGUACUGCCGGGUCUACCAGUAGCACACCUGCUCCCUCCCGGGUCAGCCGUCGUGAUUCCGCGGUGUUCUCUACCCCUUCGACGUCUCGACCCUCGUCUGAGUCCAACACGGGCAAAAGCACGGUUACGAAGGAGCGGAAGCUCUCCUCGGAAAGUGUGCUACCCAAGAUGAACACAUUGGCAAAGAGUACCCGGAUGAAUGGCCCGGCUCCCAGUGCGAAUGUAAGUAUGGGUCCACCAUCUACAGCAAAACCUCGCUUGGGUGGAACUAUGGGUCCUCCACGGAUGUCUAUGGGCACACCGACUCCUAUUGCGCGUGUAGCUUCCCUCUCUCGAUCUACGACGACAAAGCCGGCAUUAGUGUCCUCUUCAACAUCUUCAGGUGCAGUCGCUCAUCAUCGACGGUCUUCCGCCUUAGCCGGUGGAAGCGGGAGUUCAACAACCGCUGGUAGCAUGAAGCAACCGUCAUCGAUGCCGAGCGUUCCUACAACUCUCCCAUCUGCUCCUGUCACCCCUUUGCCAAUAAGCAAUCUCGCGAAUUUGAUGGAAGAGAAGGAGAAUCUUGAUACCCUGCAUAACCUCGAUGCAACGCCAGCCAAAGCGGAUAGGGGAGAUAGAAGGAGGAGUAUGAUACCCACCCCUGCAUGA